AUGGCGAUGGUUGAAGAGGAACCCAAAGCUCUGAAUUAUAUUCCAGAGGUUAUAUUGAAGAAGAGGAAAAACAGUGAAGCAUGGGCUUUGAGAAAAAAGGACCAAUUCCAGAAGAAAAGUUUCCAGCUCAGAAAAUCCAAGGAUUUCAUCAAGAAGCCUGAGGAUUUCAUCUUUGAACAUCGUAAUAGAGAGAUUGAUCUUGUUAGGAUGAAACGUAGGGUUAAGAGGAAACGUGGUGAAAAAACUACCUCAAUCAUUAAGCCUAUAAUUGUUAUUCGUAUACAAGGGAAACAAGAUAUGCAUCCUACAACUAGGAAGCACUUGUUUGAUUUGGGAUUGAGAAGAAUUUUCAGUGCUGUUUUUUUGAAGCCUACUGAGGGAGUUAUGGCUAAGCUUGCUAGAGUUGAACCAUAUGUUACCUAUGGAUAUCCGAAUCUUAAAAGCAUAAAGGAUCUAAUUUACAAGAAGGGAAAUGCAAAAUUAGAUAAGCGAAAAGUUCCUUUGACAGAUAAUAACCUUAUUGAGCAGGAAUUAGGAAAGUUCGGUAUUGUUUGCAUAGAAGACAUUGUGCAUCAAAUUGAGAAUGUUGGUCCUCACUUUAAGGAAGUUGUCAGAUUUAUGUGGCCUUUUGAACUGAACAAGCCAGCAGAUGGAUUGAACGGAUUGAAAAACCGAUUCAAACAUGGUGGGGAUUCAGGGGACCGUGAAGAUCUCAUCAACGAGCUCAUCAAUAAGAUGAAUUAA